CCACGUAUUGGGCAGGAGCGGAUCCGGAUCUGGAGUUUCCUGUGGAAACAUCACAUCCGAAGUCCAGCUGGCAAUGGGUGGCUCACAGAGUGUGGAAAUACCCGGUGGAGGCAGCGAGGGAUAUCAUGUUCUCCGAGUUCAAGAAAAUUCUCCUGGUCACAGGGCUGGACUGGAGCCUUUCUUUGAUUUUGUUGUUUCCAUUGGGAAUGCUAGAUUGAAUCAGGACAAUGAUACUCUGAAAGAUCUUUUGAAAGCCAAUGUGGAGAAACCAAUUAAAAUGGUUGUCUACAGCAGCAAGACACUCAAAUUGAGAGAAACUACAGUAACUCCCAGCAACAUGUGGGGUGGCCAAGGCUUGCUAGGAGUCAGCAUUCGAUUCUGCAGUUUUGAGGGAGCUAAUGAAAAUGUGUGGCAUGUGUUGGAAGUGGAACCAAAUUCUCCAGCUGCACUAGCUGGUCUUCGACCUCACACAGACUACAUAAUUGGAGCAGAUACUGUCAUGAAUGAGUCUGAAGAUCUCUUCUCUCUGAUAGAGACACAUGAAGGAAAAGCUUUGAAGCUGUAUGUCUACAAUACAGACACCGAUAACUGCCGAGAAGUAGUUAUCACACCAAAUACUACUUGGGGUGGAGAAGGCAGCCUAGGGUGUGGGAUUGGAUAUGGCUACUUGCAUCGAAUUCCAACCCGUCCAUUCGCAGAGGGUAAAAAAAUAAGUCUUCCGGGACAACAACCUGGUACACCAACCAGUCCUUUAAAAGAUGGUUUCACAGAGGUUCAGCUGUCUGCUGUUACCUCAUCGUCUGCUGCAGCCAGCCUCCAGCAGGGACUAUCAGGACUUUCACUGGGUACUGCUCCCCCUUCAGUUAAUAGUGUUCUUAAUACAGGUGUUCCAACAGUUCCCUUGUUGCCUUCAUCUGUGAAUUCAUCCCCAGGUGCAGUACCAACAAAUAUAAAAGCUGAUCCCACCCUACCUGGUUUAAUGCCAUUACCAAGUGGACUCCCUAAUUUGCCCAACCUACCCAACUUGAAUAUCACCCUACAAAACCUUGCUCCAGUGACCCUGCCAGGAAUAGGUGUGAUACCUCCACCCACUGGUUUUUCAUCAGCUGCUCAGCUGCCACCACUAACUCUUCCUGGACUGCCCCCUCUAACAAUGCCCACUAUGCUUCCCUCACAAUCAUCCUUGAUUACUGAGGCUAAGGCUGGUCUAACUGAAACAGUUUCAGCCAUCUCUCCAGGAGGAGGUGGUUUUCAUGUUUCUGCCUCUGCACCGCCUGCUGAACAAACCCCUGCCCUCAUCUUGGAUACUGCAACUGUUUCCAUGACAACUGCUGACAUCCAGGCAACUGCAUCACCUAAUGCAAAUAAUGAAGAACCAUCUUCCAUUUCCACAGACGCACAAGCUUUUUCUGAGUCUUAACUGUAGACCUUUUCAAAGCAGGAGUUGAUUAAUGUAUUUAUUCAGCUGCAGAAUGUUCUGAAAUUAAAACAUUGUGAAAGAUAGACUGGCAUGAUCACAUUUCAAGGAGCGUUAAAACAUUGUACAUAAUUGUAAGGAUGAGGUAAAUACACACCUUUAAUAUGGUUAGACAGUUUACCACAUUGUUAAGCAAUGGGAUUACUUUUGAUGUAAAUGGAAAAUAAAUUAUUUUAUCAAGUACAGAUUCAAUUACCUCUCUUUUCCCACUCCCCCUCUUCAGCUGAGGUUUGUUUCUGGUACAGCAUGUGCGCUGUUCAAUUACAUAUUUGUUGGAUCUAUAGGCGAUAUCUUGGUUGUAAUCUUUUCUAGCUUGUACAAUUUGCAGAUCACUAGGUCAGUACUUAAAUGUAUCAUUAAAAAACAGCUCUGUUUUUAAUGAUAAUUGAAAGGGAAUAAUGUGGGAGAAAAUUUAUGUUCAGCUGAAAUCCAGUAGGUGUCACUGUGAACAUAACGGAAUAUAUUUGAAAGAGAUGAUUUAGCAAUAAAUUCUACUGGAAAGCUUGUCCUAAUUCAUUUAAUUUCAAAUUCUGGUAUUUUUCAGAAUAGAAGGAAAGUUCUAUUUUUUAAAAAGUACCUUGUCAACUGGUGUGCCAAAAUCUAAUGUUGCUUUUGUGUAUAUAACCUGGAAAUUCUGUAAUUUUAUCAGGAUUUCAAAUCAGUGAUAGAAAUUCUUGAAUGUAAAGCACUAAUAGAUUCAGCAUUUGAAUAAAUGUAAUCAUGUGAAAUGUUUUAAACAAAAGUGUGAUGCCAUUUAAGAUGCUGAUAAAAGCAUUGAGUAGCUCAAUCACCUUGAAUAAAUAAGGGUCUCACAUUAGAGUUGAAAAAGAAUGAGGCAAGAACAUAUUAUUGAGGGGCUUUUUAUGUAAGACAGUGAUCAAAAAACUCCUUUCAAAUGUUAUGGAAACAGGCUAUUGGGCUCAUGUAGUACUGUGGUAAAAUAAAAUGUCUCAGCCACUAAUCCUAAGUAAUUUUCAAGCCAAGCUGUUCUGUUUUAUCUCAAGCUGUUUGUUCUGGCUAAGCUUUAACAAACCUGUGAGUAUGAUUAAAAAAUUUGAGGAAAUUUUGGGAGAAGUAGGCUUAUUUGUAUCAGAGAAGCAGGGCUUUAAGUUGAGUGGAUCAGAUAGUUAACUUCUGAAUUGUGAAUCCUAUAGUAUCUCUUGCCUACCAUGAGUUGUUGAGUGUGUGUGUGAGUGCCAACUAAGGCCAGGAACUAAUUAAAUUGUGUUAUUAUCUAGGCUGAAGGAAGCAGAGCAUUUUUAGAAAUAGAUGCAGAAAAACUCUGUUAAUGUUUUGAUUGAAAUAGGUUGGGGUAGAAAACAUAGACACUGGAGAAGGAAGGGUAACAGCUGAAGGGUAUUUUAAGGAAAUGAGUGGAAUGUAUUGGUCAAGAUCAUGAUGUGGAUUGCAAAAUGUGUUAUAUGAAAUAAAAAUCUAGUUACUGGUUUAAAGAACAAAAUUGUAACUUUGCUAGUGUCCCAUUCCAAAUAAGGCUUGAUGUUUCACUUUAUUUGCGCUACAUGACAUGAAUAUUCUUAUUUAAAUUUAGUGUUCUACUGCAAACUGUAAAAACUUCUUAUAAAAUGAAACAUAUAAUUCUGUGGAUAAACAUUUGUCUGAUAAUUUGUCCACAUGUAAAGACAUUUAAAAGAACAAUUUGUAUUUAUAAAAUAGUAAUAGAACCUA